UAUAAAUGGAAAACAAAAAACCACAAUGCAAAAUACUUAAUAAUAACAAUAAUAAUUAAAAUAAUAAAAACCAAACAAAAAAUCAUUUAUUUCCUAAAAACAAUAAAACAUUUCAAGAAAAACCAUCAGACCAACAUGACAGAAAACAAGGAUAAAAUUAGUGACAAGGAUAAAGAAAAGAAAAAUGAACCUGAAAUGGAAAAAGAACAGGAAAAACAGUCACAGCAGCAACAACUUCAAACACAAACCACACAAAAAGAGCAGCAACAUAAAACAGAACAACAUGACAGGAUUUUAUGCUAAAAUUGUCCUUAUAAAUAUGCAUGAUUAUUUGUUGUCUAUGUCUGUGUCCUUUAAUAAUAUGUUGUUAUGUCUGCUAUACAAAUACUAAUGGCAUGACAACACAUUUGCUGACAGAAAGUCAUUUGUUACAAUUUCUACGCAAAAUUUUGAAGCAACAAGUUGCUACAAGCAAUAUAAGAAAGACAAUAAAAUCAAAGGAAAAUAAAUAACAAUAACAACAAGGCAGAUUUUAUAGUCAUACUCUG